AUGAAGUGCGAAAGAGUCGCUGGACUAAAAGCUCAGCAGAAACCUAGUCCAAACAGUUCAUCUCUGCAGGGCGUAAACACACCACAGCAGCCUCACCUGCAUCCUAAAGUAAAGCAUCAUGGGCGGACCAGAGGAGACAUGUCCUCAGCAGGGGUGAAAGAAGUCGAUCUCCUGCAGCUUUUGGACAUGCAAUCAGUCGCACAUUACAACGUGUCAGCAGCAGAGGACGACCGAGGAUGUCCGGCAUAUGAGAUAGGACAAUAUUCCACACUUGCCCAACCUACAGCUGCAGUAUUUGGACAUCGGUUUCCAGAUGAGCUGAGUGUGCUGGUGCGUCUGCGUCUGGAUCGACGCCGGUCAGAGCAAAUGACACUGUUGGCUGUUUUAGGGCAAGAGGGGGAGGAGCUUUUCCAGCUCACACUGGGACCACGACUCUUCACUGUCAUCACUGUUUGGGGACAACACUAUGAGUUCCCUGCGGCCUCACUGUGGGAUGGAUCGUGGCACAGCCUCUCUCUGGCCUUCUCUCUGUACACACUGAAGUUGUACCUGGACUGCGGUCUGCAGGAGAGCGCCUCCUGGCGUCAUGGCUUGGGACCUCAGAUCAACACGUUGGGCCUGGUGCUGUUGGGCGGAGCUUCACUUCCUGAUCACACACCGUUUACUGUCCAUUACACCUGUGUGGAUGUGAAGCAGAAGGCUUUCACCUACUUCAUAGCGAUAGGUCCAGUUGGAGCAGAUGAAGUAACUACUCAUCCAGUCGUGGUCUCAGACACUCCUCCUAAAGACACUACUCUGCAGGUCCUACUCACUCAACCGACACCAAGACUGAAUCCAGUGAGCAGCAUUUCCCCUCUGAAGUCACAUACUGCUCCAAACCUAGAGGAUGUAAACACCACAGAUGCAGUGAAAACCCACACUGGCAUGGAAACACACACCACAGACCUGCCAAACAGUGAAGAAGACAAACCAAAUGCUGUGACAAAAGAGAUAGUUCAGCAGAGUGCAGCUAAGGGGCCUCAGCCUCUCUCUGUGUCCACAAAUGAGCAGCUUUCUGAAUCAGACACUGACACAUCCGGGACAAGGAAGGUGCCACAGACAACAGAGGAGAGCAUUACAGUCAGGAUUGCUUUGGUUCACACACUUCAAACCACUCAACACCCUGAGCAAGUCCAUCAGCCAUCUAGUGCAGCCAAAGAGGGCACAAAUAAUGACACAUCUGUCCUGGAGAGUGUUGAGACAGCCGUCUCCAGUCCAAACAUUGGACCUGAAAACCCCACAGCUCCGAGUGUCACACCUGAAACUACAAGAAGAGAUGCAGAAACUAAAAGUGCAGAUGGAUUUGUCUCCAACAGGUCACACGAGUCAGUGUUUGCGACCACAUCCACUCAUAUCUCUGGCCCCACGACUCAACCAGGACCUGUUGCUUCGUCUGAUGGACAAAUAAUGGGGGGAAAACAGGACACAUCCCCAGCAACAGGUACAUCUCCAAGGGCAGAGGUCAUUAGUCCAUCCUUGUUUAGUCCCUCGAAAGUCUUCGAAAAAACAGAACUAGACACAUCACAGACGAGAGCAGGCACAGAGGUCAUCUCUGCACAGGAAACAAUUCUACAACCCAGCAGAAUAGAACUAAGCGGCCGGGAAAUCCUUACUGAACUUGGUAAUGUUUCAAGCAGACAAAGUGAAGAAAUCCCUGAAACUGAAAUUAGUUUAGAAAGUGCUUCACCUGAAAAUGAAACGUCACCACAACAACCGCAACUUGGUGGAGAGAAGGGAAGCGGCAGAGACAAAGACAAAGAUGAGAUGGGUUUAAUGGUGGAAGAGGAAUUGGACAGUCAGGAAGGGAUGGUUUUUGAAAAUGAUGACAUUGUCAUCUCUGAGACAUCUAAUCAGUCUUCGUUAGAGUGGAUUUCCCAGUUCAAUAAUGAAGACUUGACAGUCCAAUCUGAGACUGAAUCUCCACGACAGACUGUUAAAACAGCCAAGCAGAGGCCUGCAGUCACACACCAUGCAGCAGGGAUCAGAGGUCAAAGGGGAUUGCAGGGACCACCUGGACUACCAGGACCACCAGGACCUAAAGGCGACAAAGGAUAUCAAGGUGUUAUGGGAAGAACCGGGCGGACAGGAUACAGAGGCCCCAUCGGUCCUCCUGGAAAGCCUGCCAUUGUUGUGUUUAAAACCUCUGAAGAAGAAUGGGAGGAUUUCAAGAAAAAGAAGAUUUACAAAAAGUUGGUGUCUUCCUGGCCAAAACGAAAGGGGCCUCCGGGGCCUCCUGGACCUCGAGGAGAUGAUGGACCACUUGGGCUACCUGGAAUUCGCGGGAAGCAAGGACCAAAAGGAGUUCAGGGAAAAAUUGGCAGUCCUGGACCACAGGGUCUGCCCGGUCGCCAGGGCCGACCUGGAGGAGCAGGGAUCCCAGGAAAAUAUGCUGACGCAGGCCCUCCAGGCUCACCUGGAGAACAGGGUCCAAAAGGCUACACAGGAGAGAAGGGCAGUAAAGGGGAGCUGGGUGAGUGGGGUUAUCAAGGAGAAGCUGGGCCACAUGGAGAUAAAGGACAAAAAGGAGACAAGGGAAAUAAAGGAGUCAGAGGUCAUGUCGGGCUCCCUGGUUAUAUAGGAAUACCCGGAUCCAGGGGACCUCCCGGAUUUCCAGGACCAUCAGGAACUAAAGGAGAGAUUGGCGCGCCAGGAUUCCAUGGAUCACCAGGUCCACCUGGUAAAAUUGGCUCCAGAGGACGACAAGGAGUCUUAGGAGUCAAUGGACCUCCAGGACAUCAAGGUGAACCGGGUGUCAGAGGAGCAGCUGGAGCACAGGGAGAACCAGGUCCUGACGGCACAUUGGGGUUUCCUGGUGUCCGUGGCCCUCAGGGAAAUCCAGGACCAGGUGGCCCUUUUGGUCAUAAAGGAGAUCCAGGUGAUCAAGGAGAUCCAGGAGAUAUAGGAGAACCUGGACCACCUGGACUUUAUGGAGCCAACGGAAAUCUAGGAAAGCCUGGACCUUCAGGUGAUCCCGGGACAAAAGCCGUGCGAGGUGACAAGGGUGAUUGUGGGUUUAAGGGAGACCGAGGGUUUCCAGGGCCUCCGGGUAAACGGGGAUUAAAGGGGCGUAGAGGUCCAUCAGGAUUUGAAGGACUUGGAGGACCAACAGGGCCAGUAGGACAUCUUGGUCCCAGUGGGCUUGAUGGCAUCAUGGGAGAACAGGGAAAGCAGGGGAAAGAUGGACCAAAGGGAGAUCGAGGGCCAACUGGAAUUACAGGAGUUCCUGGGCCUCAAGCUGACAAAGGUAGAGACGGUCGAACUGGAUUUUCAGGAAUGCCUGGUCCCAUUGGUGAAAUAGGAAAAUCUGGAGAAAGAGGACGUGAAGGAGAACCUGGUAUUAAGGGAAUCCGUGGAGUCCCUGGGGAGACUGGAACAAAAGGGCAGAAGGGUUUUCAAGGUCCCUUGGGGAACAGAGGGCAGGAUGGAGCUGUUGGAGCCAUGGGCCACAUUGGUGCAAAAGGAAUGAAUGGAGACACUGGACCUCCAGGACCACGAGGAUUACCCGGAAAGACAGGAGCACCCGGCCUCCAAGGACAUGUAGGGAAUAGUGGGCAAGGUGGCAGCACAGGAAAGGAGGGAACAUCAGGAAAACCAGGGGAGAGAGGGGUCAAAGGUAAAGAAGGCCCAAGUGGACUUCCAGGGGCCGAAGGGCUUAAGGGUAAGAGAGGAAUGGAUGGACCAAGGGGAAAACAAGGCCCCCAGGGUGAGAUGGGCAUGUUGGGACCACAGGGAUACAGAGGACCUAAUGGUAUUCAGGGUAACAUUGGACCAUGGGGUGAGGUUGGGUCCCGUGGCCUUCCAGGUGACCAGGGGCCACAAGGUCCACAUGGCCCUCAUGGAGUAACAGGUUACCCAGGUAAAGAUGGACCCCAAGGACCAGCUGGAUCACCUGGACUCAAAGGAGAUAAAGGAUCAGCAGGGUCUUUAGGACAGGAGGGAGUUGCUGGUCUCGAUGGUGAGGAGGGCCCACAUGGACUGAGGGGAUCUGAGGGCCCAACUGGACAAAAAGGAUUAUCAGGUGAUAAAGGAAAUCCUGGACUUUCUGGACAGAAAAGGCCAAAGGGAGCUGAAGGUGACACAGGCAAUCAAGGGUCACAGGGACCAAAGGGGCUACCGGGGAAGCAGGGAUACAGUGGUCAAUCAGGAGACCGAGGAAAACAGGGAGUUCCUGGACUCAAGGGUGAGCCAGGCAUCAGAGGUCCAUCAGGUGUGAUGGGACGGUUUGGACCAGGAGGCGAAACUGGAACAGCAGGAACUAAAGGCCUUAAGGGGGACCAGGGACAAACUGGCCCCCCUGGUAAUAUAGGCCCACAUGGACCUAUUGGACCAUCAACACCAGGUUCACCAGGUGACAAAGGUGUUGAUGGCAAAACUGGGAUCCCUGGGCUAAAGGGCAGCCAGGGUGAGAAGGGCAACCUCGGCCCUCCAGCCAUCAAAGGAGACACGGGAGUGAGAGGUCAAACCGGUGUGAAAGGAGAACCUGGAACACGAGGCACAGCAGGGAAAGUUGGGAAAAUAGGGUUUGUUGGAUCUCCAGGUGUCAAAGGUCAACUUGGAGCUGCUGGUCCUCCUGGGCUUCCAGGAAGUAAAGGAAAUCAUGGGUCAAAGGGACAAACAGGCCAGUCUGGAAGGAAAGGGAGUAAAGGACUUUCUGGGAAAACUUGGAAAUAA